GUGUAAAGCUGAAAAAAGAGGCAAAGGUAAUUGCCUAGUCAUAGUAGUUAUGUAUUCUUCCAUGUGUAGAGCUCCGAGAGAGAGUCGAGAGGCGGAUGCGCAGACGCAGACCCGCCGUGAUGCCGUGAGAGAGCCGCUCCUCAUCAUGGGCAAUCAGGACGGGAAGCCGAAGCGCUCCGACGGUGCAGCGCACGAGAACACGGCUCACAACGGCACAAAGAAAGGAAAGAAGAAAAACAGAUCCGACAGAUCCUCAGUGUUCCCUCACAUACGCAAACGCAAGAGCCAGAGCAAGACUAAAAGCUUCCUGAGCGGAUCCAGAGAGGAGGAUGCAUCGCAGGAUGAGCUGGACAGCGCUCCGUCACUGUGUAAUAAGACGCCUGAUCUCUCCGGGGAUGAGCUGGGACAUUCGGACACCGAGCCCGAGCAUCCUCGCCCCCAGGAGGAGGAGGAGGAGGAGAAGAAGAAGGUGACGAGCUCCGGAUCCGACACGGACAUGUACAGCCUCCCCUCGGCCGCAGAGCAGGAGGAUUUACUGGCUGACAUCCAGCAGGCCAUCCGUCUGAAGCAGGGCGUGAUGCUCGGCUCCGUCCAGAUCCCCUGGCACCGUGAUCAAACCGGACACACCCCCGACUCAGAGCCGCUCACCGAGCUACAAGCCGUUCCCAGAGAGGAAACAAACGGGAUUGUGAACGGGAUCUCAGAGGAGUCUCCGGGAGCUGUGGAGACGGUCACAGAAGAGUCCGAGGGCCCUGUGUCUCCAGCUGUGGCUCCUACAGACACACACCUGGAAGAAGAAGAGCCAUCUCCUCCGUCUGACCUCAGGGGGAACCAAAGGCUAGCUGACACAUGGAGGAGCAUGGUUUCAGUCAAAGUUUUAUGGAUUUCAUCAGUUGAGGCUCAUUUACAGGAACACGAAGAUGGACUGGAUUCGCAUGCAGAUGUUGCAGCAUCUGCAUCUGAUGUUGAGAAGACACUCAAUCUACCUGCCAAUCCUCAUCUGAUUUUGCUGGUCAACAUUUUUGACUGCAGUUGCAAGUGUUUGCUGUGCACUACAUCUUCAAUCUGCAGUAUCAAGAGGAGGCCUGUUGCACGUUAGAGUUUUUUCAAAGUUUUUUCAGUUCAUCAUCUGAAACACUGUCAAAUGUGGUUUUAUUCGCAUGCCAGACACGGAGAAAAUAGGAGAAAGAUGAUUCUAUGGAAUAAACCCAGAAAGAGGCUCAAAGACCUGCCGAG